UUCUCAUUAAUAAUUCAUAAAAGUUUCCUUCUUAUUUUUCAGUACUUUGAACAGCGCUUUGAUGAUAUCAAAAUAAGAAUUUUCAGUUCAGUGACUUCCAUUGUCUACCAUAUCUUUCUAAUUUCAAUCUCAAUUUACACGCUGACACUUGUGCUGUCUGUUGUAAUGAAUGUAAAUUUCUUCAUUCUUGCAUCAGUUCUUCUAACAAUUUACAUUAUAAUCUUCAUUACAUGCUAUAGGAGAGUUAAAGCCCACACAUGGACAAAUGUAAUCUCAAUUUUAAUGACUUGCGGCUUUAUAGGAUUGAUUUUAAUCAAAAGAGUAAUUAACUUUGGUGGCUUUUCGGUUAUUUGGAAGAUGAAUUGGGAGAAUGGAAAAAUUGGAAUGCCAGGUUUCAAUCUCAAUCCACGAAUUCGAGAAACAAUGUGGAGCCUUAUGAUUGGUGGCUUCUUUUGGUUCACAGCCCUUAAUACUAAUGGAAAAUCAAUAAAGAAAUGGAUCAAACUUAAAGAAAAAGGAGAAUUCAAGAAGAGCAUGAUAAUUUACCUGAUUGGAACUUUAAUUGUCACAACUCUAUGCACAUUCCUUGGUAUGCUUACUUAUGCAGCAUUCCAAAAUUCCAAUAGCAUCAUGAAUAAUAAAUUACUGACACAAUUAUUGAUGAAAAAUUUCAAUCAAGCACCAGCUGUGACAGGAAUUUUCAUUUCAAUAAUUUUCCUCUCAACAUUCAAUUACGUGUCGUGCGAAUUAAGGACGAUAAGAGGAAUUGUUAAUGAAAAUGUAAGAAAAGUUUUUCUCAUCGAUACUAAGACAAUGGAUGUCACAAUAAUGAGGUUGACAGCAAUUAUUGUGAGCAUUUUAUCAAUUCUUCUCAUACCAUUAUUGGAAAAUUCAACAUCUUCAUUGCUUGAGCUGACUAUAAGCAUACCUUUCACGUUCAUCGGAAGUACGCUUGGAAUUCUUAUUAUCGGUAUAAUGAUACCAUGGAUAGGAAGACGUGCAACAUUUUAUGGUUCUGUUAUUGCUCUUUUUAUGAUGAUUUAUUAUGUGAUGAUGGCAGAAAUUGAUUUUUCGGAAAGGAAACUCGUGUCAAAUUCAACGGAAAUUCAUAUGAAAUUAAUUGAAAAUGAUAAGCAACAAUUCAAUUAUAUCUCAUCAUAUUACUUUUUCCCAUCAUCUGUUGUCUUAACUUGUAUUAAUGCAUUUAUAUUAAGCUUUAUAUUCGGUUUUGAAAAGUCAAUUCACAUUAAUCCAAAAAACUUUGCGCCAUUUAUGAGAAAUUUCAUUUCGCAUCAUCAAGUAAUCGAAAAUGGAAGUUCAGACUCAAAUUUGAUAUUAAACGAUGAAGAGCAUUAAACGAAGAUGAUAAAAAUUGAAUAUUUUUUCUACUUCAUAAUCUCGAAUUCUUGCUACAUAAUCUGUCAAUAAAAUUUUUAUAAGAUCUAACUUAAUAAUUAGUUUUAACCACAAAGAACCGA